UGAUCUUUAAGACCCUCUGUCUAAAGCACGACAUAAUUAUUGAAUACACUGAUAAUAAAAAGGUAGGCCGUUAUUGGAGUGUAGCAUAGCCUGGGUUAGCAUAGGUUGAGGCUUAAUCAAUUUUGUGGAAAGAUAUAAGAAUAUCUGCUCCGUAUAACCGAGGUCUGAUGAUUCAUUAUAGCCUAUUUUGAAGCUAGGUGUUGAAGUGACUUGUAUGUUUUGUGCACUGCUAUUUGAAUGGUCACAUUUUGAGUUGUAACUAGCCUACCUAUAUACAAAACCUUGACCAGAAUUAAAUGUAGGCGAAUGAGUCUAGCGACUUUGUAGCCUAGGCUAGUCGUCAGAGUAAGAGUCCACAGUUUUUUAGUAUGGAGGGGGGGGGGGGCGUAAUAAGCUCUUGUAGGGAGGUGGAGUAAUCUAAACGGCGCCACCUAAAAAAAAAAAAAAACUACGGCACCCUAGCCAAACUGUCAAUCUCAGUGCAGCCAGACAGACAUCAGCCCAAUGGCUGCGUCAUUGUUGGCAGAGUGUAGACGGCUGCGGUGAUUGGUCUUUGCAGCGAGAAACUCUAGUGCUGCCGACUACCUCGCUUUUGUUAUUGUAGCCAACGCGAGCAUAGGCGCUCACAGCGUCUGGAUACGCGCGACAAGAGACAGAACGGGUGGUGAUACACUGAUAAGAGCGGUGGAGACUGGGGGCUAUUAAUAGAAGAACAGAACUUUGAAACUCCGCUACAAUUUCGUCUCACUUGUAUGCAACAAGUUUUCCCGAUUUGUAAGUAGACUGUGCGUUGUGAGUCUGUUGACAGGCAAGCUAUCACUAGGCUAUAGGCAUAGUAUAGCCACUAUUUCAAACUCAUCUGAUUAGAUACACGCUUCCUGAAAUUGGUUAUGUAGACAGAGCGCGACAGUCUCAUCCCACUUCAGUCUGUCCUAAGCGUGGCGAAACUGAUGCCCUCAACUAAUGUGGCUAGACAUUCCUAUUCAGUCUGGAGAAUAAAAUGGUAGAGGCAUAAAGAUCAGAGGACAAUGUCUGUGAAUGCCCCCAAUAGUAAUGAUGCAUGUCUGAGCAUUGUACACAGCUUGAUGUGCCAUCGUCAAGGGGGGGAAAACGAAGGUUUUGCCAAACGAGCCAUUGAGAGCUUGGUGAAGAAACUGAAAGAGAAAAAAGAUGAGCUAGACUCCCUCAUAACUGCCAUCACCACCAAUGGUGUCCACCCCAGCAAGUGUGUCACAAUCCAGAGGACGCUGGAUGGAAGACUCCAGGUUGCUGGGCGGAAAGGCUUCCCCCAUGUGAUCUACGCUCGGCUGUGGCGUUGGCCAGACCUCCAUAAGAACGAACUCAAGCAUGUCAAGUUCUGUCAGUAUGCCUUCGACCUCAAAUAUGACAAUGUCUGUGUGAAUCCCUACCAUUAUGAAAGGGUUGUGUCACCAGGCAUAGUGGGACUCAGUAUACAAAACACUGGCCCCCCAGGGAGACUAAUCAAAGAGGAGUACAGCCACGACUGCAUCCAGAUGGACGUCCCUCCCUCUAGGAUGCCCUCCCAGUCCAAUCACCUCUCCACGGAUCACUACGGCCAGCCGCUGCCCCCUCUUCAGCUCCACCCAGAGUCUUCCCAUCCCACUCCCGUCAGCCACUAUGGCAACAUCCCCCGCUCGCCUCCAGCAACUGGCCCGAUGUUGUCCAUGCAGGGGGGCCAUAAUGAGGGCCUGUUGCAGAUCGCCUCCCCCCGGAGUCUGUCCUCCACCCCUCCCCCCUCCACUCCCAGCCACGGCCCUCCGCAGACCCCCUCCAGUCAGAGCGACUACGGCACCCCCAAACACUCCCAGUCCCAGGGCUCCUUCCACACUACCUGGACAGGCUCCAGUACGGCCUCCUAUACACCCGUAGGACCUCAGCAGAAUGGACGCAGUCACCAACCGUCAUCCCAUCAGCAGCCCACUCAUCACUUCUGGUCCCAACAUCACACACCUGCUUCUUUUCCUCAACCAGUAUCCAAUCAUCCAGGUCCAGAAUUCUGGUGCUCAAUCUCAUACUUUGAGAUGGAUAUCCAGGUAGGGGAGAUGUUUAAGGUUCCAGCUAACUGCCCUGUGGUGACAGUGGAUGGCUAUGUUGAUCCAUCUGGGGGUGACCGGUUCUGUCUGGGCCAGCUGAGCAACGUUCACCGUACUGACGCGAGUGAGAGGGCUCGGCUACACAUCGGUAAAGGGGUGCAGUUGGAGUGUCGUGGGGAGGGCGAUGUGUGGAUGCGUUGCCUGAGCGACCAUGCAGUCUUUGUGCAGAGUUACUACCUGGACAGGGAAGCAGGCCGAGCCCCUGGCGACGCGGUCCAUAAGAUAUACCCGGGGGCUUACAUUAAGGUGUUUGACCUAAGGCAGUGCCACAGGCAGAUGCAGCAGCAGGCGGCCACAGCUCAAGCAGCAGCCGCUGCCCAGGCCGCCGCUGUGGCGGGCAGCAUCCCGGGGCCUGGCAGUGUGGGGGGCAUUGCUCCAGCUGUCAGCCUCUCAGCAGCUGCAGGUAUUGGGGUAGAUGACCUGCGGCGCCUCUGUAUCCUGCGGCUGAGUUUCGUGAAGGGUUGGGGCCCAGACUACCCACGGCAGAGCAUCAAGCACACCCCCUGCUGGGUAGAGGUCCACCUGCACCGGGCGCUGCAGCUGCUGGACGAGGUUCUCCACUCCAUGCCCUUGGCUGACCCGGGCCCGGCCAACUGAGUGGGGAAGCCCCUCCUCCCAUCUCCCCUGGUUCAUCUUCUGUCCUCUCCUCCCCCUCGUACAGCAUGCAAUAACAGCCCCACCCAGGCGUGGUACUGUGUAGACUUUGUGUGACUCAUGCAACCAAAGAAAGACACACACACACACACACACACACCUUUGAAUUCUUUAUUUCAACCCACCAAUCCAUUUCUCACAGACACACACACACAUACACACACACACACACACAUGAACACACUCUUUUCCAUGGGAAGAUCCAGCAGACAGCACCUAUUGACCUGCCCACUAUUUAGUCUGCAGCUGCCGGGUGGAGAAACUGACUCGCUGCCGUGGAGAUGCAGCACCAGCAGCAGCAGCGCCAUGGUCAGGUUUCCACACGUGGCCGUCAGAGUGACCAGUGGCCCAUAACCUGCGGCGGUGAGAUUUUUUCCCUGGUGCAAGCUGGUGGUUAGCCCAAGGUGUACCGGAUCACUCAGGAAACCAGACAAAAUAAUCACAUUUCAACCUUUCCACUGAAUACAACAAACAGCUCAGACUUUGAAAUCUGUUUACCCAUGUGGGAUUAAGUGCUAGUGCUAAGCAACUUCAUUCCUGGUUAAUUCAUAUUUUUCAGGUGAAGUCAAUAUAUUCCAUUAUCUUACAUGGGAAAUUUGAUUUGUCAGUUGAAACAUCCGUGGUAAAACACGACUGUCAGGGAAUUCACUAUUAAUACUAAUUUACUUCCCAUACACCAGAGUUCACAACAGACCGCAAAAAGAAUAACAGAAAAAUGACCAAAAAACACCUUGUGGCCUUCUUCUUAAGUAUAUAUUGACUUAAAAUGGUUGAUAAUAUGCCAGAGAUACAGCGUGAGGCUAUGCUAAGUAUGUAUCCUAUUGAAAGUGGUGCACCAUCCUCCUUGUAUGUACUUGCACAGGGGAUGGUUGCUGUCCCCUGACACUGUCUCCAUGCAAUUGUCUUUUUUGUUACCAUUAUAGAUGUUGCAGACUCACAUCCAAAGAGCAAGGCAGGCGCACUUUCUUUUAUCAGUCCUUCAGGCUGGUAACUGACAGUGUGACCUUGGCAUUGGAACCAGCAGGCCCACUGAUAUAAUCGAUGCCUUUCUCUCAAAGGAAUGUAGGAUGAUCGUAACAUGACUGAGUGUUAUUGUUGUGGUAGGGUUAAGCCAUCUGAGCUGUCCUUGAAAAACCAGGCCCUAAGAUCAGCUCUAUAGUGUGUCUUCUAUCAAAAGAUUCAGCUUUCAAGCUUUCACACCUCUAAGCCAAAAGACAAUAGCUGCCCCUCUUUGCUUUACAUUGUACUUGAAUACCAUUGACUGCCAAAGAACCUCCCUGAUGGUAAUGAUAUUAUCACACAUAUAAAAAGCUAAAAGCCCAAAGAUGGAAUGGCCACUACUGACUGCAAAUCAGAAGACCAUCCUUUAGAUUGAACUGCCUUGUCUUGACAUUUCCUGAUAUGUUAUCCCCAUAGCAGACAGUUGAGGGCACUAGCAUUCCACUCCUCCAUCUAGACAUAACCUCAUCUGAACAAGUGGCAUUACAACAGAAGAUUGCUGGGAAGCCUUUAAUGUUGUCCCUACUUACACAGAACUUGCCAUUUUGCUUUGUCAAGGAGUAAGUAGCCCACAGAUGUGGCAUUACAACAGAGGAUUGCUGGGAAGCCUUUAAUGUUGGCCCUACUUAUACACAGUACUUGCCAUUUUGCUUUGUCAAGGAGUAAGUAGCCCACUGUGUACGCACAUGGAUGGUAUCUGCAUUCUGAUCACACUGUGCCUUUAAAAGGUAUUAGUCUGUAUAUGCAACAUUCUACUCUCAUGUAUUUCCCCCAGUUUGUUUCAAAGGCUUUAUUUAUUUCCCUUGAAUUGAAAAUAUAAAUUGACGACAAAUCGUUAUGGCUUGUGACCAAAAUAAUGAAUUAGCCUAUGGCCUACAGUGCCUCGAAUGAUAAUAAUAGGCCUAAUAUUUUUUUACGGAUGAUGUGACUGUCCAUUAUUGUGUUAUGCCAUUUACAUAAGUGUGGACUGUAAUUUAUGUAAUCAGUGUUAUUUCAUCUUUUUAAAUAAACCUGAUGGUG